AUGGGAACACGCGAGCGUACAGUUAGCCGUUUAACUCCAACCUUGGCAGCACCGAGAUCUCCGGCACAAAAAGGCUUCUCCGCAUCCGAGGGUCCUUUGUGCCGAUUGCGUGACCCCAGCCACCGUUCAGCGGCGCCGGCGAUGCCUUUCAUCGGGACAACGCUGUAUAAGCUACCUGCCCCUUUACCGUUCACCGCUCAAAAGGUCUCCGUCUCGUUC